UCUCUCUCUCUCUUCAUUUAAUCUCUUCCAAGUAGGAAAAUAUGCUGACAUGGAUCUCUUAUAGAGCCUAUAGAUAACCAUUGUGGGUGCCCUAAUCAACUCGAGCUCUUGGUAGUAGCUUAUCCGAUCAGGAAUCAACUGAAUCUGGUGAGGCACUGAAACUCAGUCGGCUAGAAAGCCGAACAGCCGUCUCCUAGCACCUGUGACCUUGUGGUUGUGGGUACCUUCCCUUGUUCUUGACACUUUUUAUUUCUUUAGAAAGCCUUUCGAUAUUUCUUUGGCAGGGAUGUUCCGGUCAUGCUUAUCCUAACAUAUGUUCCAGAAAUGUGGUAAGACAAUACUCCCUCCGUCCUAUAUGGUAAGACUUUCUAGCAUUACCAUAUUCAUAUAGAUGCUAAUGAAUCGAGACACAUAUGUAUAUUUAGAUUCAUUAGUAUCUAUAUGAAUGUAGCCAAUGCUAGAAAGUCAUACAUUAUGAAACGGAAGAAGUAGAUCAUAUGGAUUUAAGUUUGUUGCAUACUCGGGGGAGGCAUUAGCAGGGUGACGAUGUUGUCGUGGGACGUGGGUAUUGAUUUCACCUAUCAAAAGUUCAAAUCCUAAUACCCACAAAUAUUACAAAUUAGCGAGGGCGCUUCCGGUUGGAAUUUAGUAAGGUCAAGGAUUUGUAAUGGUUUUCAUCUCUUUAAACGUGUGUGAAGAGGCACAUUUCACAAGUGUAUGAGUAUGAUGCAUGUGUUUUCUGUGUAAUAAAAAAAAGUUAUUACACACUUCUGACAAGUUUUAGAAUGGUCGGUUGAACACCCAAACUUUCUACGUCAAAUGUAAGAUUUACCAGUUUUUUUUUCAUAAGGCAUACAAACUUUUUUUUUUCAUACGAUCACCCCACGUAUUGGACUUAAUAUCUUGUCUAGUUUAGUCCAGGGUGUAGUCACCAUUUUGCUCGCACGAAUUUUCUGUGGCUCUUAUCUAAUGUUAGACGUGGCAAGAUUAGCCAUCAACCAAACACCUCGUCAAUAGCAGAGAGGGUGUGAUGUCACCGUGUUAAAUUUUGACAAUAAACCAAACAAUAGCCAAAAAGGUGAUCAAAUUUGGUUAAAAAGUGUGAUAAACUACGCCAAUGGGACCAAAAGGACCUCAGAAGUAUCUUCCGCUGAAAAAGUAUCAAAAAAAUUCACAAAAAGGGAAUUACCAGCGAAAAGAAAACUAAGAAAAGUUUAAAGCACCGUAUCCUGUUUUAUUUUCUCUUUCUUGGAGCACUUUUGUUUUUAUCUAAUAACGAUGAUUACCUGCUCGUUGAGAAAAGUUCUCUAUUUGUUCUUUGCCACUCGCUACAACAUGGGAAGUGUGCUACUAUUCCAACACUUGGAGUACUAUUUUUACGCAAUAACGAUGAUUACCUGCUCGUUAAGAAAAGCUUUCUACUUGUUCUUUGCCACUCGCUACAACAUGGGAAGUGCUAGCACUACUAUUCUAACGUGGAAAAGCAAGGCUGUUGCUUUCCCCCCCUUGAAACUGAAAAAAAAAGGAGCCAUUUUGUCAUGUCCCAGAAUCCAAAACCGGAAACCCCCCCUCUGCAUCGGCAGGUCUCCUCCCCCCAACUUUGCCGCGGGAUUCGUCGUCUCCAUCACCACCGUGAGCAAAAGACCCACCACCACAAGUCACCCCCAACUCCGCCUGAAAAACAAGCAUUAUCCAGGGAUAGACAGAGAGAGAAAGCAAAGCGGGAUGCACCCAGCGGCAACUCGCAGGCUGAGGGAGGAAUAACAAAAUGUUCGGCAGGCAGCAGGGUCACUCAUCACAGUCACAGAUCGACGGCGACACAGCUGGUGGCCACUAUCUUGGAUCGAAAUGGCCUGCACCUGUAGCUGCUCAUCUGGACUUACUAAGCAUGCACUACUACGAAGUAAGUAGUGGUAGUAGUAGUUGUGUUGUGUGUGCAUACGCAAACGCAACGCAAGAUGAGGAGGUGAGCCAAUUGCCUGCUCCUGGACAGAAUCGCCCUGAAAAGCCCCAAUAUUGAUUUGGCCGAUACAAGAUGGUCUACGUGCAGGGGAUUUACCCGCUGCCCAGUUGGCUCUAUGCCAUGCCGCUUUCAGUCUCUCUGAUGCUGCAGAUUCAUCAGAGCUUAUAAAUACUUGGGCAUCUGUGCUGUGCUGGAGGCAUCCUGUGUUCUCAGGAGGUAGUAGUGCAGUGCAGUGCAGUGUAGAGACCUGUCCUCUGUGUUGUUUGCUCUCAAGCUCGCCGGAGAAGAUAGAAGGGUGGCAUGCCCGCCGUGGCCGGGAGCUUGUACAUGGCGAGCCAGCACAAGGGAGUGCCUCCGCCGCUGCCGCCGCCGCCGCGGCCAUUGCCGGUGAUCAACCUGGGCCGGCUCACCAUGGACAGUGCCUCGCGGGCGCUCGCCGUGCGGGAUAUCGUGCUGGCGUGCCGUGAACGUGGCUGCUUUGAGGUGGUGAACCAUGGCAUCAGCAGGUCUUGCAUGAAUGGCGCCCUCGAAGCCGCCUCCGAGUUCUUCCAGCUAUCGACGGAGCGCAAGGAGGAGUUCGCGUCGGACGACAUCCGGCAGCCCAUCAGGUACGACACGAGCUCGAGGGACGGGAUCAGCAUGUCCAGGUCAUUUCUGAAGCACUAUGCCAAUCCCCUGGACGACUGGAUCAAGUUCUGGCCGACGCAGCCACCAACUUACAGGGAGAAAAUGGGUGAGUACGCCGUGGAGACGCAGCGAGUGUCAAUGCAGCUCAUGGAAGCAAUCCUGCAGGGCCUGGGAUUAGGGCCAUCGUACCUGCAAGAAAAGCUUGAAGGAGGGGUGCAGUUCGUGGCCUUGAACAACUACCCGCAGUCAUCGGCGAAGAAAGCCGACAAGAUCGGCUUGGCUCCUCACUCUGAUUAUGGCUUCCUCACCAUCCUGUUGCAGAGCUCCCCAGGGCUUGAGGUGAUGCACCAUGAGGAUGAUGCCUGGACAUCUGUCCCUGCUAUCCCUGGGGCUCUCCAUGUCCAUGUAGGAGACCACCUGGAAGUGUUGAGCAAUGGCCAGCUCAAGUCCCUUGUCCAUCGAGCCGUUCUCAACCCAAACGAGUCAAGGAUUUCUAUUGCCAGCAUCCAUGGUCUCUCGAUGGAUGAAGAGGUCCACUGCGCCGAAGAGCUCGUCGAUGAACACCACCCCAAAAUGUACAGGGGAAGCAGCUUCCAGGACUUCCUGGACUUCCUGCCAGCAAACAUGAACAGGUAUAAGAGGUAUGUCGAGAGCCUCAGGAUCGACAAACCCUGAAGAGGAACAGUGGUAGUGCUGUAUCAGAACAUAUAUAGCAAGAUGGCAUUAUUCGGAUAAAGUAUUUAAACCACCUAAAAACUCCUACUUCGGGAAGUUUGUUCGACUUUAUGUUGGAUUGUUGGUCAAAGAAAAAGUGAUGUCAAUCUGUACUGUGCAACACUGUAACACAUGUAAUCAAUAUUUAGUUAUACAUCCUUAGUAACUAUAGCUACAAGAGUACGUACAGUUAGUUGUGCCUUGGUGCUCAGUACCUUCUUGCUUAGCAUUCGAUAAAAGUUUGGAGUGAUUUUACACUAAAUUUCUUGCCGAGGAGGUAUUCAGAGAAUUUGGUACAUCUCAGAACCUCAGGUACCUCUCAAGAAUCAUAAAUUUUAUCUACAACAAAAUAGUACUGACAGAGAACUUGACAUAA